UUGAAGUUCUAACUUUUACCAUGCCUAUUCCAAAAUCUACUCUUCGUCCAAUUGCUCCUAAACCACAAACACCUGUACAGGACCCUGAUGUUAUAGCUGUAUUAACAUUUACUCCAUCAGAAAUUCAAGAAGUGACGGUACCUACUACUGAUGUUUCAACACCUGUAAUCACUAAAGUUUCUAAAAAGAAUAAUGGCCAAAAAACAGAAAGAGCAAGUUCUGUUGAAGAAGAAACUGGCUGGGAUGAUACAAAUACUGGAUUAUUGAUAAGUUUUCUUGAAGAUAAUUUUGAUAUUUACAAAAAAAAUAAGUCCAAUUUUGCCAAAACAGCUGCUACUAAGAUUUUUUCAGGAAAAAAAGGAGAACAAAACAGGAAAUGGUUUGACAGACUUGAUGCUUUGUUUGAAACUCAUGAAAAUCACAAUCCGGGAUUUUUAGUAGAUGGAUUUUCUGAUGAUGUUCAAUUGUUUGACAGUUUUAAAGAAAAAGAAACAGAAACUAAUGAAGAAGUUUUGGCAGAAAAAAAAGAUAAUCAAAUUACUAAAAAACGAAAAUCUCUUUCACAGGAUCCAUUAGCCGAAGCCAUAAUUUCUAUGAGUAAUGCAAGACAAAUAAUUUGGGAAAAACGACUUGCCUCUGAGAAUGACCAGUUUGAAAAGAAGCAAGUAGUUGAAAAGGAAGAAUGA